AUGUAUUACGUAGCUCAUGGUAUCUGUCGCCGCGCAGAUUGCUCUUAUAAGCACGAGAAACCACCAUUGGCCGAGUCCUUACCUACAUCUCUUCCGACUGCCAAAGUCUGCACUACUACCACUCCUACGUUACCUGCUCACCGUACUCUACGGUGCCCCGCCUUCCAGACGUUGCGUCUCGAAAUCGACACAGGUUGCAAUCACUCUCUCAUUACUCAUACCGCUGCUCUUCAUCUACAACAGUACCUACCUGAUGCCACUAUCAAUCUAAUCGAUCCGGUCUCCUUCACCACAGCUAGUCAUGAACAUGGCCUUCAAGCACACUGUGUCCUUGACACCACCCUUACUGUCCUCGAUUCCUCUGGUACUUCCUGCGAAGUCUCUUGGUCCCCAUAUAUCACCCACCUACCUCUAGCUGGUUUCUCGGAUGGUCUUCUCGGUCUUGAUCUAAUCAAUUUCGACUAG